GGAAUGGGCGUAGGCUCACGCAGCAGCAGCAGCAGCAGCAUCACAAAGGUUCAGCUCCUCCCUGCUGUGUGCUUGAUAUAGGAUGGGAGGGAGAGAGGGAGCGAGAGAGACAGAGAGGAUCAGGCACAGAUGAAUUGUAGUCUGAGUGACGGAAGCAGUGUGGGCACAUGUGAGUGAGAGAGGACGAAUCAGGAAGUAGAGAGACCUGCGCGCGCGCGCGCGUGUGUGUGUGUGUCCGGGAGAGAGAGACCGACAGAGUGUAAAUCAACAGAAAGAGGAAGAGGACAUAAAGAAAGGAAGAAAAAGGGCUGCAGGAGGAAGCAGACAAGACAAGGGGUCUCAGACUGAGAGGGAAGAUGGCUGAGCCGGAGCUGAAAUCGAGAGGCAGCCGAGAGAGCGUCGCUAAGGAGAAGAUGGGGGCGACUGGAGCAGAGCCUGAGCAAGAUGGUCUCAUUGUGGAGCAGCCAGCAUCUCCAUCUGACCCCGUGGGUUCUCCACCUGCUGCCACAGGUUCCACCAACAGCCUGCCAGGCAAGGGGGAGAAGAUUGAACUCAAACGCAGCAUCACCCUCUUCAACGGUGUCGGAAUGAUCAUCGGCACCAUCAUCGGCUCGGGCAUUUUCGUCACUCCCACAGGUGUUGUCAAAGAGACCGGCUCUGCUGGGCUCUCUCUGAUCGUUUGGUCCGCCUGUGGAGUGAUAUCCACCAUGGGUGCUCUGUGCUACGCAGAGCUGGGUACAACUAUUGUCAAGUCAGGAGGAGACUACACUUACAUCCUGGAGGUAUAUGGCGAACUGGCUGCCUUUCUGAAGCUGUGGGUGGAGAUGCUCAUCAUCCGGCCGUCGUCGCAGUAUGUGGUGUCACUGGUGUUUGCGACCUACCUUCUGAAACCUCUCUACCCCAACUGCGUCGUGCCCGACAGCGCAGCCAAGCUCAUUGCCUGCCUAUGUCUUACCUCCCUGACAUUUGUAAACUGUAUCAGUGUGAAAGCAGCAACCAAGGUCCAGGACUUGUUCACCGCUUCCAAAUUGAUAGCCUUGAUCAUCAUCAUCCUCUUUGGCUUCAUUCAGAUUUCCACAGGUGAUGUGCCAUAUCUGACCCCAGAAAAGGCGUUUGAAGGGAGCAAACUGGGAGUUGGGAAUAUUGUCCUGGCUCUGUACAGCGGUCUCUUUGCUUUUGGAGGCUGGAAUUACCUGAAUUAUGUAACGGAGGAGAUGAUCAACCCAGAGAGGAACUUGCCCCUGUCCAUCAUCAUAUCCAUGCCUAUAGUCACGGUGGUAUAUGUUCUAACCAACCUGGCCUACUUCACCACCAUCUCUCCUCAAGUCAUGAUUGAGUCAGAGGCUGUUGCUGUGAGUUUUGGGGAGUACCAUCUUGGUGUGAUGUCCUGGCUCAUUCCUGUCUUUGUGGGACUGUCCUGCUUUGGUGCAGUCAAUGGAUCACUCUUUACUUCAGCGCGUUUGUUCUAUGCUGGAGCUCGAGAGGGUCAACUCCCUGCUGCUCUGGGGUUGGUCCACACAGACCUGUUCACACCAGUGCCAUCCCUCAUAUUCACAUGUUUCCUAUCGAUGAUGUAUGCCAUCUCCCAGGACAUCUUCUCUGUCAUCAAUCUCUUCAGCUUCUUCACCUGGAUGUGUGUUGGGAUGGCCAUCGCUGGCAUGAUCUGGCUGCGCUUUACCAAACCCGACCUCAGAAGGCCCAUUAAGAUUUCUCUCUUCAUCCCCGUUACUUUUGUGUUGAGCUGCGUCUUCAUGAUCGUCGUGUCCUUUUGGGCAGCUCCCUUCGAGUGUCUGCUAGGCAGCGGCAUUAUUCUCACAGGCGUCCCAGCGUACCUACUGGGCUACAAGUGGAAAAAACCCCAUGUGGUCAAGAAGAUGCUGGAAAUCUUCACCAUGUUCUGUCAGAAGAUCUUCAUGUCUGUUCCUGAAGAGAAGGAGCAACAUGGGGCGGCUGAAUAAUGCUGGACAAACCGAGCAAGAUGAAAGACUGGGUCAAUAUUUUUGUCUGGACAUUCCUGUAAUGUUUACAUUCAUCCACAUGUGAUCGGACUUUUUUUGUUUUAACUUUAUCUGACCAGGCAGGUAACUGUGAACAUAUUCAAUAUUCGCAAGAGUGGCCUGACAAAUGGAGGAUUUGUUUUAUGAAUAUUUUAUGAAUACUGCAACUUUUCUGCAAAGAAGACCACCGGGCAUUUUACACUCCUUAUUAUGAAUUGAUUUUAAUAUUUCAGCAUAUCUCCUUAAAUGGUCAAACAUGCUCUGAUGUUCCAUGUUAGCUAAUGGAAAGCCAUCUGUAAGUGUAUGACUGCUGCAGGCAUAUAAUUACUUGUGUACUGCAAGUACACAAUCAGGAGCUGCAGUGGCCCGUGACGUACAGGUAUAUUUUUCUCCUGAAGUGUACAAAUGAAUAGCUUAGGCGGGAAAAUAUAUGUCUAAUACCACUAACAACCAAACUAGACAUAGUAUAUUAUAGUUUAGGGUUUAUAUUUAUAGUUUAUAUUGUGUUAAAAUAAAGGAUUUUGCUAUAGUUGCUAUAAUAACAUCACUUAGAGUUUAUAACUAAGGUCAGAUUUGGAAGAGGAAGAGGUUGUCUAACAAAGCACUUACUUCAUUUUCUCAUAUGGUACUAAUGUUUGUGUUAAAUAGUAAUUCAUUCUCACAUUUACUUGAUAUUGUUUUUUAUUUAUUGGUAAGAUGAACUUGUAGCGCUGUCGUAAAGCACAAGCUAAAGGGAGAUGAGAGUGUCUGUGAUGUCUGCUUGAGCUGCACUGUGAAUCAUGUCUGUUUCUUGUAUCAUUUCAUUCUGAUACCUCAUCGGCGCCACGUGUGACGAUACUCGAUGAAAACGAUACCAGCAUCUCCGCUUGUGCGCCAUUGUUGUGAGACAGCGUAGAUAUGCUCAGAUAUCGUAGUAGUGUUCGUAGUUAGCCUUAGUGUUUGUACUGAACGUAUUUGAUGUCUGUGCCAGCCGUGCCAGUGCUGAUAUUCUAUUUCUUUUUGUCACUGUAUGACCAAAAUGAAUGUUGCAACUUUAGA